AUGUCCCAGGCUCAUAUAGCAUACCUCCCAAACAAGAAAGUGGUUGGCCUUAGCAAGCUUGCAAGAAUUGUUGAGAUCUACAGCAGGAGGCUUCAAGUUCAAGAACGUCUAACCAAACAGAUUGCUUCAGCCAUCUCUGAGGCGUUGGAGCCUGCUGGAGUAGCAGUGGUGAUUGAGGCUGUCCACAUGUGCAUGGUGAUGAGAGGUGUGCAGAAGAUGAACGCCAGUACUGUUACAAGUGUCAUGCUGGGAAGCUUUCAUGAUGAUCCCAAGGCCAGGAAGGAGUUUCUUGCACUUGCAAUGAAGAAGUGA